AUGGGUUCCAUGCCAGUCGGAGGUUGGAGACAGCUCGACGUCGGCGUCGUGGGAGGUGGCAUUGGCGGCAUGUGUGUUGCGAUUGCCCUCCGCCGCGCCGGCCACAAGGUCUCCAUCUACGAGCGCAACGACUUCGCCGGUGAAGUCGGCGCAUCCGUCUCCUGCGCCGCCAACGGCACGCGAUGGCUGCACGAGUGGGGCGUGGACGUCGCGAAGGGCGACCCCGUCGUCUUGAAGAAGCUCAUCAACCGCGACUGGAAGACGGGCGAGCCCGUCAGCGUGUACGACUUGGACGACUACGAGGAGCGCUGGGGUUUCGUUUACAACAUGUUCCACCGCCAGUACAUGCACGCCAUGCUCAAGGACUCGGCGUUGGAGGAGGCGGGGGAGGGGACGCCCGCCAAGUUGUUCGUCAACCACAAGUGCAGUAGCAUUGAUCUCGGCGCCGGAAAGGUGGAGUUCGAGAACGGAUAUUCUGCCACCCACGACCUCAUCAUCGGCGCCGACGGGAUCGGAAGCGCGGUGCGGGGCUUCAUCGGCGUGAAGCCGGAGAAGCGCCCCGCCGACUCCAGCUGCCUGCACGCCAACGUCCUCACCGAGGAUGCGGUCAAGGCCGGUCUGGUCGACUACUCACAGGACGCCGCGCUCGAGUACUGGGGAGGCCAAGAGGGCAAGUGGGACAAGAUCGUCCUUUCGCCCUGCAACGGUGGAAAGUUGUUGUCUUACUACUGCUUCUUCCCGAGAGACAAGGGCGACUACACCAACCAGGCCUGGGGUGUCGAGGACCGCCCCGUCGAGGAGUUGUUGGCACCUUACCCCGAGCUGGACGCUCAAGUUCGCGCGCAUCUUGCCAUUGGUAUGGACAUCCAGCCGUGGCGCCUGUGGAUGCAUGACCCCUACCCCUACCUCAACAAGAACAUGGUCUGCCUUCUAGGAGAUGCAGGACACCCCAUGAUGCCUCACCAAAGCCAGGGAGCGUGUAUGGCCAUCGAGGAUGCUGCGGCCCUCGGUAUUCUCUUCCACCCCAAGUACUUCAACGGCGAUGUCUUCGACACGCUUUCGAUCUACAACGCCGUGCGUCUGCCUCGUGCCACGAGGGUCCAGUCCGCUGCUGCCAAGGCCGCCUACAACAUCAACGAGCGCAUCGGCUUUUCCAGCAACGCGGAGAGCUGCAGCACUUACAAGGUCGAGGACGAGAAGGCGAAGCUCACGAUCGAGGAGAUGAACGCUUACGACAUGUAUAAAGACAUUGAGGAAAAGAUUGCGACGCGUGCUGGAGUCCCCUUUGCUCAGAAGUUCACCAAGGGUCUCCCCAUCGGCUUGAAGCUACCGAACGGGGUCAUUAUCGGUCAGUAA